AUGGGUGGUAGAGAUGUACCAAAAGGGUUUCUGGCGAUAAAUGUAGGGCAAGUAGAAGAAGAGCGACAAAGAUUCGUGGUACCUGUUUCAUACUUCAAUCACCCUCUAUUCAUUCAGUUACUCAAAGAAGCUGAAGAUGAGUAUGGUUUUCGUCAAAAGGGAACUAUAACUAUCCCUUGCCAUGUCGAAGAUUUUCGAAACAUUCUGGAGAAUAUUGAUAAAGAGCAUCAUCACCAUCACCAUAUCCAUCUUCAUGUGCCAUGUUUUAGGGUCUCUGCUAGGGCAGGAAAGUGGAAGACUGCUUGGUUUUUCAAGGAGCUGAAGAAGCACAAUCUAUUAACCCAUGAAGAUUUUGAUAGUUCCAUGAAGUUUUUGAUAAUUUAA